AUGGGGGACGACUUGGCGUCGGAGGACGACACUCUGCUUCAGUCAGAGAAGGAGUUCCAUGAUGCAGCAAAGCGUAACGACACAGCCAGGAUGGAGGAGCUCAUCAGGAGAGGGGUUGACAUCAAAGCCAAAAAUAAUACAGACCGGACUGCCCUGCACUGGGCUGCAGGAGCAGGGAAUAUGGAUGCUGUGAGACUGCUCCUGGAUCAUGAUGUCCCUGUGGAUGAUGAAGACAGUUUUGGAAUGAAUGCACUUCUCCUGUCUGCCUGGUUUGGCCACCUCCGUGUCCUGCAGAUCCUUGUCAAUGCUGGGGCCAAGAUUAACCGUGUCAACAGGCAUGGCAGGAACAUGCUCCACUGUGCUGCUCAAAGGGGACACAUCCAGGUGAUGGAGUUUAUCAUGGAAAACCUGGAGGAUGUGUGUGUGGAUGAGACAGACAAGAUGGACAGGACAGCAUUUCACCUGGCCGCAGAGCAGGGGCAGCUGAAGGUGGUGGAGCUCCUCAUUCGACUGGGCUGUUCUCACAGUGCCAAAGACAAGGAAGAAAAUACAGCAUUGCAUUUAGCUGCUAAAAAUGGACACCUCUCUGUGCUGCAGAAGAUUAUAGAUAUUGGAGUAGACCUUGAUGAAAAAAACUCAGAAGGACUUACAGCUCUGCACUUGGCUGCUGAGGGGGGUCACAGUGACUGUGUGAAGCUGCUUGUGGAAGCAGGUGCUGAUGUCAAUGCCCAAAACCAGAAGAAGAUGAACUGCCUUCAUUACGCAGCACUGGGUGGCUAUGAGGAGAUAGCCAGGAUCCUCAUGGAGGCAGGAAUCCACAUGGACACUGUUAAUCAUCAAAAUGCAUCAGCAACACACAUCGCAGUCCUGCAGAACUUCCCAGCCGUGGUGAAGCUCUUCAUUGAUGCAGGGUGUGACCUUGACAUUCCUGACAAUAGGCAGCAGACCUCACUGCACAUCGCCGCGGAGCAUGGCAGGCAGGACAUUGCCGAGAUGAUUCUCAUGGCAGGGGUUAACUUGAAACUAACAGACAAG